UGCUGGUAUGUGCCGGGCAUUUUCAGGUGGCACUGCAAUACAUCUCUAUGACAAUUUCUUGAAAACGCUGGUAUGAAUAGAAAAGUACUAUCUUUAAUCAAUGAUCAUGAGAAUAAAGGGGUGAUGGCGGUGCACCUGAGGCAGAUCUGAGCCGAUGCUGAGAGGGGCGCGCCCUCGGCAUGUGGCACUCGGACUUUGCCCGCGAACCGUCCUGCGACAGCCUAGCUACGCUCAAACUAUGCGAGAGGGAUGAGGAGCCCCAACUGGCCGCCGGAGCGCCCGGCUACUCCCAGACUCUGCCGACGCCGCGGCACCGCCAGGCGCGGCAGGCGCUCCAAGGGGCGGAGGAGAGCCGGCACAGUCCCCCGGCCGACCCGGCGCAGAACCAGGGCGGCCGCUAUGGGCUGUCUCGGAACAACUCUCGGCGAGGCAGCUGCCGACAGUCGCCUGACGAAAAGGUCACCACCUGCUUCAGCGCCAGAUCAGUGACGGCCGACCUCCUCUGCGGCAGCCUCCCUCGCGCGGUGGGCGGCGGCGGCAGCGGCAAGCCGGCCUUCCUCGAGGUGCUGACCAUCCCGCCCGAGGAGUUCGCCUCCCAGAUCACCCGCGCCGACUGGGAGGUCUUCAAACGCAUCCAGCCCGACGAGCUGGCCUGCCUCGGCUGGAACCGGCGCGACAAACACAUCCUGUCGCCUAAUGUCGUGGCGUUCACCCGACGCUUCAAUCAGGUGAGCUUCUGGACGGUGAAGGAGAUCCUGAACGUGCGCAGCGUCAAGCAGCGGGCCGAGGUGCUGGGUCUGUUCAUCCGCGUGGCCAAACGACUGCAGGAGUUCAACAACCUGCACGGCCAGUUCGCCAUCAUCUCGGCCCUCCAAACGGCGCCCAUCUACCGGUUACAAAAGAUGUGGGCACAUUUGCCCAAGAAUGUUCUGCAGAAGUUUGAAAAGCAACGCGAGCUGUUUCUGGAUGUCAACAACUGGGAGAAACUCCGCGACCUCUUGUCCCGAGCGAAGCUGCCGUGUAUACCUUACCUGGGUCUGUACCUGACGGACCUGGUGUACGUGGACAUGGCGCACCCGCAGUCGGGCGGACUCGAGUCGUCUCAGCGGCGGAACCUGAUGAACAACAUCCUGCGCACGAUCUCCGAGUUCCAGCAGUCGGACUUUUCGCACCUGCCGUUCAACCCGCGUGUCAGCAGCUACCUGGCCUCCAUACGCUACAUCGACGAACUGCAGAAGUUCAUCGACGAGGACAACUACAAACUCUCCCUGCAGCUGGAGCCCCAGGCGCAGUCCCCUGCCCAGUCCAGCUCGAGCCGUGAGUCGGCAGAGGAGCGGGACCGAGUGGCGGCGGCCGUACCGCCCUCCCCGGCCCGGCAGACCACCGUCCAGGCACACCGCAGGGCCUGCAGUCUCGGGGUGAAAGCGCGCAGUAUGAGUCUCCCUCGGAACAGUUCGCGCCACCUUCCGGCCUGCGUGUGCGGCCAAAACCACCACAUGGGUCCCGGUCUGCCGGACAGCACUGCGCGUGCCGAGCGACACCUGCUGGACGACUCCGUGCUGAGCACUGCUGACGGCAUGUGCACCUCGCUCUACCUACCCGACGGUGGCGCCGGAGGUACCGCAGACGACGACGUCACAGCCACGCUGCCCAUGCUGGACAGUGAGGAGGAUGGGUGUCUGGGGAUGGAGGCAGGCGCCGUCUGCACACUCCAGGGCUGCCUGCGGCGCAAAACGCUGCUCAAAUCGGGCCGCCGGCCUCCGGUGGCCACCUGGCAGCGGUACUGGGUGCAGCUCUGGUCCCAGAGUCUAGUCUACUUCAGCUGCAAAAAGAUCAAAUGUACGGAGCGCAGCGACUUCAAGUCUGAGCCGAGCAAGAUGCACACGGUGCGCCACUGGUCGGUUCACGUGGACGACGUCUCGUGGCUGAGGGACACGUUCAUCCUGCAGAACCCCGCCUCCGGCGACAUGUACAAAUUCCGGGCGUGCAGCCAGACCAAGGCCGAGGAGUGGGUCAAACACCUGCACGACGCGGCGGUCGGCGUGCGCGUCCAGCCGCUGCCCGCCAACCUGAUGAGCUUCGAAUGACCCGACGCACUGACCCCGGCGUGGCCCGACCGGCCGGCCGACCACGCCUGGUGGUGAGAAAACCGGAGACGGAGAGCCGGAGACGCUAGGGAAGAGACGAGGAGACACCAGGGAGAGACGGGAGACGUUAGGGAGAGAUAGACGGCCUACGAGGAGCGGCAGGCAACGAGCGGGUGCGGGCCCCCGGCACGGCUCGACGGGGUACGAUAUUCUAGUCCUUAGCAGCAAUGCUCAAAGUAGCGAGAGGUGGAUGCUAGAGACCGCUCUCGUGGUGAGAGGAACGCGAGCCGUGCGUGCGAGAGAGUGUGCGUUGUGCGAGUCCGCGAGUGGUGUGCGUUUUGUACGUGCGUCCGUGCCGCCGCCGCUGCUGCUGUGUUCGUCCGGUCGCUUGUUUUUGUGCAGUGUUUCCGAUGCCAACCGCAGAUCAGGCCAUGAGAUUGUCCGCAAUAAGCUGCCGUUCGCUGCCGCCGAGUUCGCUGGCUGACUGCUGACGCCACACAGUGACGUCAUACUGACGUUACGUGACGUCACGCGGGCGUUAUGUGACGCCACCGAUAUCCAGCUGUAACGUGCCCAGUGGGUACCUCCUGUCCUGAGGUACUCUGGGAUAUCCCAGAGUACAGCUAACACCGGUCGCAGCCCUCUCAGUUUCCCUAAAGUGUUCACUAACUACCGCGCUGUUGUCACCAAUUACGGCAGUGAUCCCCCCGCUCCCCCCCCCCCCAACCAAGUGUUCGUUCGGUAUGUGACCGGCGAUAUUUGUAUGAUCUCAUUUUACCAAUGUGAAGCGUCUCUUGCCGAUUGUUUGCUGUAUAUUGAUGUGCCUUUGUAACGGCAGAGUGCUCUGCCGUCAUUGAUAACGCGAGUAGGUGACCGUGUGCACUGGUUACGUCAUUGAUGACGUCAUAUGACGUCACCGUUAUGCUGACUGUAGUCCGCCGCCGCCCGCCCGCUGAACAGUGAACCGUGUGUUCUGGUUUCUACAGAAUACAUGUCCUGCUUGCCAGAAA